CCUGGCAACCUCAUCUAUAGAUUUGUACAGAAUUUGCACUUUCAAUUAGAAACAAGCUUAUGCAGAUGAUUUUACAAAUGUGAACUGAUACAACAUUGUCUUCCUUAGUCUGCAAGCUUUGUUAUUGAUCAUAGCUUUGCCAAACAGGAGCAAAGUGAAGCUAUAGGGCUGUUGUCAGUUUUACCAUCCUGUGAACAGCUCUAAGACUAUAAAAAUAAUGAUUAUUUUCUUCCGCUUCCUGAAAAUGCUAUAAGCAGUAAUAGAGGGAAACACUAAUAUCAGCCAUGGUAGAGAGGGUCCCAAAAAUUGAGACUAGGUGGGGAGAGAUAGUGACUUCACCUCUUCAAAACACAAGGUAGGGCAGGGUGGCACCUUAGAGAUUAAUUGGUUAGUCUCUAGAAAAGGUGAUGUAUUUGUUCCUGGAUAGGUUAUGCCUGUGUUUACCUGGGAAUAUAAAUACUGUGGGAUUGCUGUGUACAUACACCACCUUCCUAAUCAGGGUUUAGUAAGCAGGUAAAUGCAGUGCUGCUUUUCUGCCAUUGAGUCAAUGGUGCAAUCCCAGGAUAACUGUACAGAUGUAUUUUGCAAUAUCUCAGGAUAAACUUUCACUACCUCUUAUCCCUGGACAAUGGACAUGGGCAUCUGUACAGUUGUAGCUUCUCCUGGGAUAAAAAUGGUUUAUCCUGGGGCAAAUGGGACAUCUGCAGCCUAAGGGGCCACCCUAUCCUGUCUUCUGCUGAUUUCAGGCUAAACCUGCUAAUUGCCUCUCUAGUCAGAGCAGAAAGGAGAAGCCUAAAGGGGAAAGCUAUCUUCAUUAUCCUUCUAAGAGCUGAAGUUCUAAUUUAUAACAACCUCAAUGACUCCUCUCUUUUGUAGCUGCCUAUAACUAGUGGGUGUCUGGUAAAUUUUUCAAACUCCAGAUGUAAAACUGUCAUUGGCACGCCCACAUGUUAAGUUAGGCACUUGCUAAGUGCUUGCAGGACUGGAGCUUUUAACUGCAUGACUUUAACAUAGCAUCAGCCUGUAUUUCUCCCCCUCCACACCAAAUUAUUCCAGAGAAAAGAAAAAUCCAACAGCACUAAUAGAGCUAUACUAGUUUCAGUCAGUUCCCAGGCAUGUUAAGAACAAAGUUACCUUAAAAAUAGACUCAUGAUGCAAUAUCCCAUUUUACUCUAAUAGUAAAUUAUCACUGCAAGGUAAAGUUCAAGAUUCUUGGAUAUAGCGUAUUCUUUCAGCACAAACACAAUAGAAAACAAAAACGUCAAGAAAAUAACAUGCUAUGACCGAGUACGCAGAUGUUCUAGUGAACAAGGUGCUUUCACAUAGUGGUUUUCAAAAGAUAAUUAUGCUUGCAGUAUUACACAUUUUUUCAAAACUUUGGAAAAGGAAGUGAUUGGAUGCUUGGCUUUCACUGCAGCAGAAUGCAAGUGUCAAAUAAGGAAACAGGUGGCUUAUUUUCUCUUUCAGUUACCCAAAUUUUGAAAAACCUCAUUGACUGGGGAAACAAUUCUGCACUUACACCAUCCUUGUUUUUCUUCAGGCUGUAUACAAGUUUGUUUACAAGACAGCAGAUUGAUACUAUGGUGACAGGGACUACAAAAGGACUGGAUUUCAAUGAGCUAGUGAAUAAAGCUAAGCCUGUAUUCUUGACUAUUUGUAGAGUGAUAGCCUGAGUAACUAUACAAAGUCAGGAAAUUGUUCAGUUCCUUAUUUUCUGCAACAGCAAAGAUUAUCUGGGGAGAUAUAGUAAUCCAUGAGAUAGGUCUAAAACCGUGGUUCUCAACCUUUUUGUAUUGAGGCACACCUCACUGAACUUGAAACACUCCGCCAUAACUUUUGUGAAUGGAGUGGCACCUAAUUUCAAUUUGAUGAGGGGGGCCAUAAAGGGCAUAUAACUGAUUGGUUGGGACAACUAAAGAUGGGAGUGAGGGUCGUUGGUUCAAAAUGAGUGCACUGAGGAGCAUAGAGCAGAACCCACUAGCCAGUGCCCACCGGCCCUCAAAUGAGUCCAUGUGUGACAGGCCUAUUUGACACAUAUUGGGGACAUGGGCCUUGGGUCCACAGAGUAACAGCCCUCCCCUGCCCCGCCCCCUUCCCAUUAAUAGUGGGAACUACUGGGUAUAUAUCAACAGAAUUUGUGGAACAAACAAAAGACAAAACAGGGGCAGGAGUGAAGGUUAUAGGUUCAAAAUGAGCACCCUGGAGGGGGACACAGAGCAGAGCCCACCGGCCAGUGCCCACUGGCCCCUGAAUGAGUCCAUGUGUGACACAGACCUGUUUGCUACUUUCAAGGGAUCGUGGCCAAUGCCCACCCAGAAAAACUAUAAACCUGCUUGAAAACGGGAGGUGACUGAGAAACAGAUUUCUUGGCACAAAAUAAAAAAGAAAACAGGGAAGGGAGUGACAUAAUAGGUUUGAAAUAAGGAAUCAGGAAGGAGCCACAGAGCAGAGCGCACCAGUUGGUGCUCACUGGUCCUCGAAAGAGUCCAUGUGCAACACAGGCCUAUUUGUUGCGUAAAGAAUGCUGGCCAGCGCCCAGAAGGAAACAGCAUAAGCGUCCCUUAGAAAGGGAGGCCACUAGGUAGACAACAGCUGAUUUCUGGGGACAACUGAAGACGUAACAGGGUUGAGAGUGAGGUCAGAGGUUUAACACUAGUGCCAAGGGGGGACACAAAGCAGAGCAUGCUGGACAGCUCCCACUGGUCCUCGAACAAGUCUGUGUAUGACACAGGACACUUCCGGGAUUCAUGGGCUAAAGGACCACCACGGGAAACUUUAAGCCCCACUCAGAGAGGUAGACUACUGAGAAAGUGGCAACGGAUUGCUUGGGACAAAUGAUAAAAAACAGGGAUGGGAGUGAUGGUCAAAGGUUAAUAACUAGUGUGCCAAGCGGGAGGGGACGGGGCACAGGCAGAGCUCACAUGAUAGCAUCCUCUGGCCCUCAAACGAGUCCAUGUGCAACACAGGACUUUUCACAUGUCAAGGAGUCAUGGGCCCAGGCCUGCCAAGGAAACUAUAAGCCCCUGUUAGUACUGGGGGCAACUAUAAGCCCCCAUUAGUACGGGGGGGCCACUAAUGACAUGUUACAGAUUACUUGAGAUAAAAAUGAUGAAAAUGGGGACAGGAGUGGAAGUCAGAGGUUCAUAACGAUUGCCAGGGGGAGACACUGAGCAGAGCACACUAGACAGUGGCCCUUGAAUGAGUCUGUAUGUGACACAGGCCUAUUUGUCACCUUAACAGGUGUGGGCCUAAGCCCACCAAUUAACUUAUUGGCCUCCAUCAGGCAAGGAGGCUACAGAAAAGGUGGCAAUUGAGUACUUGGGACAAAUAAUGAAAACAGAGACAGGAGUGGUGGUCAAAGGUUCAUAAAAAGAGUGCCAUGCAGGGACACUGGACAGUGCCCAUUGGCCCUCAGACACAUCCAUGUGUGACAGGCCUUUUACCAUGUGAAGGGAUUUCAUGGGCCAGGACCGCCAAGGAAACUAUAAACCCCCUUUAAUACAGGGGCCACUAGUGAUGAGUUACUGAAUGCUUAGGACAAAUAAUAAUGAAAACAGGGACAGAAGUGGAGGUCAAAGGUUCAAAACAAGAGUGCCAAGGGGGGACACUGAUCAGAACACAUUGGACAGCACCCGCCAGCCCUCAGCCGAAUCCAGGUGCGAUACGGGCCUAUUUGUCAUCCUUUAAAACACGUGGGUGCAGUCUACCAAGUUUGUCAUUGGCCUCCGUUAGGCAGGGAGGCUGCAGGAAAAGGGGACAACAGAUUUUUUGGGACAAAUGAAAAAAAAACAGAGAAGGGAGUGCUAGUCAGAGGGAAAACAAGUGUGCCAAGUGGGGACAUGGAGCAGAGCAUGCCGGACAGUGCCCACAGGCCCUUAGCUGAAUACAGGUGCGACACAGGAGACUGGGCAAGACAGAGGAUGGUCUGGUUUGCUACAUGGUACUUCUGGUGUCCUUUCCAGCCUGCCAGUUGGAGGCACAAUGCACUUUUUAAAAAAAAUAAAUUCUUCAUGUUCCAAGCCAAAUCAAGUCCAAAUCCAGGAGUCAGUGCAGAACCACAAGCGGCCGUGCAACCGGCAAACAUCCUCCACCCCCACCUGGGACUUCAGAUAUUUCCAAACUCUUUCAGUGGGCAUCCUACGUGCAGGCCCAAGCCGGGAAGCGUGGGGUUCGGUUGCGCCCAAGCUUCGCCUGCCCUCCGCCACGUGGGCGCAAAAGCAAGCUGGGGAGGAGACUCCCAUUUCCAUAAAGCGGGCUUUAAGCCCGAACACGUGGAACCAGCCCAGAAGAACAGUUAUCCCCCGGAGGGCGUAAUGAAAUCUGUCUUCAUGGACCCAGAUACAUGGUGAGGAGGCACCUCGGCGGGAGGCAGAGGCCAGGGCCCAGCUGGCACCCAGGCAGGAUGCUGCCUUCGCGGAUGACGAAGUCAACAAACCAAUGCCAAACAAAGGAGACCAUGGAUUAGCUCCCGGAAAUGAGAAGUUCAAACCUGUGGUACCCUGGCCUCAUGUUGAAGGUGUGGAAGUGGACUUGGAAUCUAUUCGAAGAAAAAAUAAGGCCAAAAAUGAACUAGAACAUCAUGGUGGUGAACAGCAAAACAUCAUGCAGAGGCAGUAUCUCACAUUUAAGCCUCAGACACUUGUAUACCAUGAUCCUGUAUUACGACCUGGAGUCCUUGGUAAUUUUGAACCCAAAGAACCUGAACCUCAUGGCGUUGCUGGUGGCCCUGGAGAGGAAGCGAAGCCAUUUGUUUUAGGACCAGAAUACAAAGAAUCUGUUCAAGCCAGCGUUAAAGAGUUUGGUUUUAAUAUGGUGGCAAGUGAUAUGAUCUCACUAGAUCGGAGCGUUAAUGACUUACGUCAAGAAGAAUGCAAAUAUUGGCAUUAUGGUGAGAACCUACUCACAUCCAGUGUUAUCAUUGUCUUCCAUAAUGAAGGAUGGUCCACACUCAUGAGAACAGUACACAGUGUAAUUAAAAGAACACCAAGGAAGUAUUUGGCAGAAAUUGUACUGAUUGAUGAUUUCAGUAACAAAGCACACUUAAAAGAAAGACUAGAGGAGUAUAUUAAGCAGUGGAAUGGCCUUGUAAAGGUAUUUCGAAAUGAGAGGAGAGAAGGUUUAAUUCAAGCUAGAAGCAUUGGAGCCCAGAAGGCUAAACUUGGACAGGUUUUGAUUUACCUUGAUGCCCAUUGUGAGGUGGGAGUUAAUUGGUAUGCACCACUUGUAGCUCCUAUAUCUAAGGACAGAACUACAUGUACUGUGCCCCUAAUAGAUUAUAUAGAUGGGAAUGAUUAUUCCAUUGAGCCACAGCAAGGUGGGGAUGAAGAUGGCUUUGCCAGAGGGGCCUGGGACUGGAGUUUGCUGUGGAAACGUAUUCCGUUAAGCCACAAGGAAAAAGCCAAAAGAAAACAUAAAACUGAGCCUUAUCGAACCACAUGCACUGUGCCGCUGAUAGAUGUCAUAGAGGGCAACACUUAUGAGAUUGUACCCCAAGGGGGUGGUGACGAAGAUGGGUUUGCUAGAGGAGCAUGGGAUUGGAGUAUGCUAUGGAAGAGGGUGCCUUUGGCCAAGCGAGAAAAGGAAAUGAGAAAGACCAAAACUGAACCGUAUCGGUCUCCUGCAAUGGCUGGCGGAUUGUUUGCCAUUGAACGUGAUUUCUUCUUUGAACUGGGUCUCUAUGAUCCAGGUCUUCAAAUAUGGGGCGGUGAAAACUUUGAAAUCUCUUACAAGAUCUGGCAAUGUGGAGGGAAGUUGUUGUUUGUUCCUUGUUCUCGUGUUGGACACAUCUAUCGUCUCCAGGGUUGGCAAGGAAAUCCACCACCAGUCUAUGUUGGAUCUUCUCCUACGUUAAAGAACUACAUCAGAGUCGUGGAAGUGUGGUGGGAUGAGUACAAAGAUUACUUUUAUGCCAGUCGUCCAGAGACCCAAGCACUACCAUAUGGGGAUAUUUCUGAGCUUAAAAAGUUCCGGGAAGAUCACAACUGCAAAAGCUUUAAAUGGUUCAUGGAAGAAAUAGCCUAUGAUAUAAUUUCAUUUUAUCCUUUACCACCUAAAAAUUUGGAGUGGGGAGAGGUCAGGGGCUUUGAGACAGCUUACUGCAUAGAUAGCAUGGGGCACAACAAUGGUGGCAUUGUUGAACUCGGACCAUGCCACAGAAUGGGAGGAAAUCAGCUUUUCCGAAUCAAUGAAGCUAAUCAGCUCAUGCAAUAUGACCAGUGCUUGACUAAGGGAGCUGAUGGAUCAAAAGUUAUGAUUAUGCAUUGUAAUCUGAAUGAAUACAAAGAAUGGCAAUACUUCAAGAAUAUGCACAGAUUUACUCAUAUUCCUUCGGGGAAAUGCCUAGAUCGUUCAGAGGUCCUACAUCAGGUCUUUAUCUCUGAGUGUGACUCCAGUAAAGCAACACAAAAAUGGGAAAUGAACAACAUUCUUAGUGUGUAGACAAAAAAAACCCUACCUACUGACGUGUUAAUAUGUACAGGACUGAGAAUAGCCUGAAAACUGCUGCAACUAUUAACUUUGUACAGCUGCAAGCCUGGAACUUCUCAACUUGGAUGAAGGACAUAGAUGAACUGUGAUUAUUACAAUAACAUUAUCAUCUGCAGUUAAUGUUUACAAAACUGCUUUUACCUUAAACUUUGUAGAUGUUUACAUCUUUUUGUUUUCAGAUGUUGGUAAUUUAAUGUGCUUUUAGCUAUGUUGCAUAGGAACAAAGUUAAAAGCACUGUUGUCUUCUUUGGGAUUACACUCAGGGGUCUGAAGGCAGUUUUUUUACACACACUUGAAAGGUUGGAGUAACCAGACUUAUUCAUAUAACUUGGUGAUUAUCAACCUGUUGUAUCUUUUUAUUUAAUUUUACAUCUUACCUAGCACUGCCACAGGUCAUUAGCCAGGGUGGCCUUCUUUCACACUCAUGCUGCUUUUUUGAAAGGUGAAUUUCAACAUAUUUAGUGCCUCUUUCAUUUCUCUAUAUAUUUUACAAGUCAAAUAUUUGACAGAAUUUAUAGUAUGGAUAUGUUGAGCUGUCACCUUGAUAGGGAUCAUUUGUACUGCCCAUGGAAUUACUAUAUUACUGAAGAUAAAUUUGGGUUGCCACUUUGACUGCUGUCCUCCUCAAAUAUUGACGAGUCAAAUAAGGCACAGACCAGAAAUAUUCUCUGGGUUUCCAAAAGUACUGCAAUAUGCCCAUUUGCUGCAGGUGCUGUAACCAUUGGAAUUUUAAGGAAGUUAAACCAGGGAUGAUGAGUAGCACUAUGUUCCAUAUACCCGGUAUGUUAAAUAGCAUUGAAGAAAAUGAACUUUAAAUAUAUAUAUAUAUUGCAAAGGAAAACUGAACCUGAAAGUUAGCACUGUGUGAUACAUUUGAUGAAAGUAAGCACUCUGAAUUACAGCUAAGAACUCCAAGCACUAACUGUUCUUUCAUGCCUUAUAUGAAAAAGCUAAAGCUGCACAAUGUAUAAAACUAGGACUUAUCCAAUGUUUCACUUACGUUAUAACUGUAAAUGGAAUUUAUUUGCAUAUGAGCUGAAACUUUAAAAUAAAAAAAAUCAUUAACAUAUAUGUGCAGACUUUGAAAGGAUAUUUGAAAUCAUAGAUUCAGAAUUAAACUUGAAAAGAGGAUAGGAAAACCUGAAGCUGUAUCUGUUCAAAUUAAGUACUCUUUUUUUCAAUGAAUGUAGUUAUGAACUCCUGUAGAUUCACAAACCCAAAUUAAAACAUAGUUACCUAAUUGUUUAAUUACAAUGCAACUGCAGUUGUGUGCAAACUAGAAUGUGUACAAAUUAGCUUCUUAAUUGAGAAUUUCUAUUAGGCCCAUUCCCUUAAAAAUAGAAAUAUUUACAUUGAAUAAUAUAAAUUACAUUUAUGCAAUAUCUAGUCCUCUUCUUUUCCCAGUUUAAGGUUCUGUGAUGGUGAGGUACUGAUGACAUCACAAAGUCAUAGUUAAGUAUACAACAUCUGACUUGGAGUUUUGAAAGUAUUUGUUUCAAGGACCAAAUUCUGCCCUCAAAUCUAGACUACCAUUGGAUGGAAUUUCCACUGAAGUUAAUGAAUGGUGUUGUAAGUAGAGGCAGAGUUUAAGCUUUUCCAACCUGCCUGUCUGCACAUAUAUAUUAAUGAUUUAAGAUAUUCUCCAGUGUCCUUAAACUGCUCAGCUAUCCUUCAAAAGGUGUGAAAAAUAAAAGAAAAUAAAGGAUGGAAAACUGGAAAAAGGAAAAUAAGGGUGUAGGUACUUUUUGUUUUUGUGUGUAUGAAAACUGACUCCAUUUUUUGUGUUGGGUAGAUUAAUUUAAUCAUGUUACUAUGCAUAAGUGAAAGAAAGGUGGCACAUAAAUUGUGCAGGUGUGCAUUUUAAAUGGGUGUUUUGUGCAAUUCAUUAAAAACUGAUGCUGUAUGUGAAUAUGAAUCUGUAUGUGAGACUGCAAACCUUACAAAACAUGAGAACAUCAGAAGCUGUUGCUAUAAUGAUUUUUUCCUACUGUAGCCUGCUUGGGGAAAAAAAUUCCCAUUUCCUUGCUUUGUAAGUUGAUGAUAAUAUCACUAUGCAUUUCUACACAUUUUAUAAAUUUGAUUUAUGCAGAUUUUGAUACACUGUAUGUUUCUGUAGAAAUUGUAUAAAUCCUCAAAAGUUUUAUUAAGGAUAAAUCUGGGAAUCCUAUGUACAUCUUAAUUCUGGGUUGCUUGUUUUUUAGGUGAGGAAAAUAAAAUAAAAUAUUUUAACUUGUGGG